UGUAAUCUUGGACUGACUGACAGAAGGACAGCCGACCCUGGCUGCCAGGGCAAAGGUAAACACGUAGCAAGGGACUAGGGUUUGAGCAUCAGCUAUGGCACAGGAGAUGUCGACAAGCGUCGUUACGCCCACGGUGGGUAUGGACGGCUCGCUUCGGGAUUGCCUGCCGUCAGGCCGGGAGGGAGAGGUGGAGAUGGCGGAGACUUUGACAGUCGGCUACACGAGCACUGCCCGCAGCUCUGCUCUCAGAUACCGCCCCCAGCGCGCACUGAGCGCUGCCGAUCUUAUUGCGCGAUCUGUACAGCUCUUGGACAGCUAUAAACCCUCCAUGACGACUGUGGAUGCGCAUGCCGACGAUUGCAUUCAAAAGUGGAAGCUACAAGUUGAAGACGACGCCUUGUUCCUCAAACAACACAAGAUUGCGUUUGAGACACGCGAUGGGCUUUACGAAUUUACCGUAAUGCUCUUUGGUCUCACAAACGCACCGGCCAUCUUUCAAAGUCUUAUGGACAAGGUCCUACGCGAACAGAUUGGUCGGUUUGUGGUGGUGUACCUCAAUGAUAUUCUAAUCUUCAGCAAAUCCAUCGAGGAACACAUGAAGCACCUUGAGGAAGUGUACAUCAUCCUCAAGAAAACGCAACUCCAUCUCAACUUAGAGAAAUCCGAGUUUGGGAGGGAUAGCGUCAUCUAUCUUGGGCAUCGGUUGUCUGCUGCAGGCCUCGAGCUUGAGGCAACCAAGGUUGAGGUCAUUCGCAACUGGCCUCAACUCGCGAACAUCCGCGAACUGCGUUCUUUCCUUGGUCUCGCAUUUUACUAUCGGAAGUUUGUGCCCCGAUUCUUUAUUGUUGCUCGCCCGUUGUCCCGAUUGACAAGUAAGAAUGUACCUUACGCGUGGGAUGCAACAUGUGAGACCGCAUUUCAAACCUUGAAAGAGGUCUUGGUAAGUUACCUUGUACUCCGCAUUGCAGAUUUUAAACUAACAUUCGUAGUCACUACGGAUGUGAGCCAGUAUGGGAUUGGCGCAGUGCUGCAACACGAUGAUGGCGAUGGCUUGCGACCGCUAGAGUACUACAGCAAACGCAUGCCCAAUGAAAAGGUAGUUACUUCCACCUACAUGCGUGAGCUCUAUGCUUUGCGUAUGGCUCUGAAUCAUUGGAAGCACUAUCUUUUGGGACGCCACUUCAAAGUGUUCUCAGAUCACGAGACUCUCAAGUGGAUCAAAGAUCAAACCACCUUAUCCCCUACAUUAUUUCGUUGGUUCCAUGAGAUCGACAUUUUUGACUUUGAACUAAGACACAAAAAGGGUUGUUAUAAUCGAGUUGUUGAUGCGUUGUCUCGCCACCCCGAGUACAUGACUUGCCUUGUGAAUUCCUACGACCUCCAAAAGAAACUGAAGGAGGAGAUCGUAGAACACACUGCCAAGGUUCCGGAGCUUAGUCCCAUCCUUGACCAGUUGUGGGCUGACCUCGAGAAUUAACCUUAUUUUCACGAAUAAGCAGGACUGGUUUUCCGACGCUAUGGGAAUAACGACCAUUUGUGUGUGCCCAACCAUGAGCCUUUCCGCACACACUUCUUGGACUUUGCUCAUGGCCGGAGUGGACACUUGGCAUGGCAAAGACGUACGGAAACCUAUUGAGACAGUUUGAUUGGCCUGGUAUGAAGGGAUCUGCCGAAAAGUUUAUUGUCAAGUGUCAAGUUUGUCAACGUAUCAAACCAUGUAGACAAAAGUCCAUGUGGCUACUUACACCCCUUCCCAUUCCCGAUGGUCCCUUGGAGUCUGCCUCUAUUGACUUCACCGACAUGGGAAAGGUAAGUAAGAACGACUAUUCGCAAGUGAUGGUGAUUGUUGACCGCUUCUCUAAAUUCCUCAAUCUGAUUCCUUUGCCAUCUCAUGCCCCAACUGAAUUGGUGAUCUGUGAGUUCGAACAAAAGUACAUUUUGCAG